AAGGGUUUAAUAGCUUUUCUGGUUUUCCGGAGAGUCGAGCGAUUUCCCGGUCAUCUGCUUUGUACCUUCUCAAUAUAGAUACCACCUCUUCUCCAUCGCCAGAAUCUGGCAAAAUUCCUGAACAAGUUACUUUCUCUGUCACCAAGUUUCGUAAAAGAAGAAAUCUUCAAUGGCCACUAUGGAUUCAUUCAACUGCGCCAAUGACGCUGCGCUUAAGGUAAGAGAAGAAAUUAAGAGCACUACUAGAGAAUCCCAAGUUUUGGAAAGAAACUGCGAUGAAAAUGAAUUGAAGAAGGUGACAAGUCCUACAACUAGAGGAUCCCUUACAGGAAAGAGCUUAGGAGGAUGGAAAUUCGCAAGUCUCCUGCUAUUGAAUCAAGGCCUGGCAACACUAGCUUUCUUUGGUGUGGGCGUGAACUUGGUUUUGUUCUUAACAAGAGUUCUUGACCAAGAAAAUGCCAACGCUGCAAAUAGUGUGAGCAAAUGGACUGGGACUGUUUAUUUGUGCUCUCUGAUUGGAGCAUUCCUCAGUGAUUCAUAUUGGGGUCGCUAUCUAACCUGCGCUGUCUUCCAGCUGGUCUUUGUACUGGGACUGGGCCUGUUGUCUCUUUCGUCUUGGCUAUUCUUAAUCAAACCGUCGGGCUGUGGUGAUGGAGUAGAAGAUUGCUUGCCUACGUCAUCCAUAGGCGUGGCUAUUUUCUACUUAUCCAUCUAUUUAAUAGCAUUUGGAUAUGGUGGACACCAACCCACCAUAGCGACGUUCGGUGCGGACCAAUUUGAUGAGUCAAAUCCUAAAGAAAAGAAAUCGAAAUCAGCAUUCUUCUGCUAUUUCUAUUUGGCACUCAACGUUGGGUCAUUUUUCUCCAACACCGUAUUGGUUUAUUACGAGAAUAGGGGAGAAUGGACCUUGGGGUUCUUGGUGUCACUGGGCUCUGCUAUUAUAGCCCUGGUCUCCUUUCUGUUCGGAACGCCAAAGUAUCGCUAUGUAGAGCCUUGUGGCAACCCUUUGCCACGUGUUGCUCAGGUAUUCGUCGCAGCUGGUAGGAAAUGGAAACUUGCUCCUGCGGCUGCAGAUGCUCUGUACGAAGUGGAAGGAACAGAAUCUGCCAUCAAAGGAAGCAGAAAGAUUCUUCACAGCAACGAAUUCUUGUUUAUGGACAAAGCAGCAACCAUAACACAGAGUGAUCUGUACGGCCCAAACGAUCCGUGGAGACUAUGCACCGUGACUCAAGUUGAGGAAGCAAAAUGCGUGAUGAAAAUGCUACCCAUUUGGCUUUGCACUAUAAUUUACUCGGUGGUGUUCACCCAGAUGGCUUCCCUGUUUGUCGAACAAGGAGAUGUAAUGAACUCUGAUUUCGGCAAUUUCCACCUCCCGGCUGCAAGCAUGUCUGCUUUCGACAUUUGCAGCGUGCUUGUAUGCACUGGAAUUUAUAGGCAAGUCCUGAUUCCUUUAGCUGGAAGACUAAGUGGGACUCCCAAAGGCUUAAGCGAGCUUCAGAGAAUGGGAAUCGGGCUAAUCAUCGGAAUGUUAGCGAUGCUUGCGGCGGGAAUAACAGAAGUUGAAAGGCUGAGACAUGUAGUCCCAAAUGAGAAAGUUAGCUCCUUGAGCAUAUUCUGGCAAAUUCCACAGUACGUUCUUGUUGGAGCUUCUGAGGUGUUCAUGUAUGUGGGUCAGCUGGAGUUCUUCAAUGGACAAGCUCCUGACGGUAUAAAAAGCUUUGGAAGCUCGCUCUGCAUGGCUUCCAUUUCCCUUGGUAAUUAUGUGAGCAGUUUGUUGGUUAAUAUGGUGAUGGGGAUUACGGCUAGAGGGCAUAAACCUGGUUGGAUCCCCGAUGAUCUAAAUACGGGUCACAUGGACAGGUUCUACUUCUUGAUCGCGGUUUUGACGGCUUUUGAUUUCGUGAUUUACUUGUUUUGUGCAAAGUGGUACAAGUGCAUCAGCCUUGAUGAAACUGCCAAAGAGACUGUUCAGAUCAUGGAACAAGGAGGUGGAGAUCAUGACGACCAAGUUUUGAGUAAAGUUUAAAUAUUAUUAGACUAAUUUGAAAAAUAAAAUAUUAGGGUAUGUAAUGGAGAAUCGUAUAAUGAUAAGUGGAGCAAGCACAUUUGGGUUGAGUUAUAAAA